CCAGAGCCGCAUGUUAGCUGUGUCAUGUGCUCCAAGGAAAUCUUUUAGUGAUGGACAGCCUCUGACCAUCAGUGUGACUAACGGCAGAGGAGAGCUCCGAGUUCAAAUGACGGCCUACCCCACACCUGUGAUGAAGGUUUUGACAUAUUUAGGACCAAACGAGACAUCAGGUGGACAUCCUGUGAAAGAAAAUAUAAUUAUCGUCGAAUGUUCUAGCAACUUCUUGGCUCCAGCUACAGUCACCUGCAGUAUCAGCCUUGUCAACGUGACACACAAUGAACAAGGCUUCUACAGAAUUGCUUUCAGCAACAGUUUUGGUGAACUGACAUUCACUUUCUUUGUCACACAAGUUAUGUCAGAAGAUGUCCAUCAGACGAAUACAGACCAGAAUAUCGUUGCUGUCGCCGUGCUGGCUGUGCUGUUCUCAGUCCUCCUAGUUGUCGUUGUCGUCUUCGUCAUGUGGGUCUGGCGAAGGGGCUGGACAUUACCGUGUGCUGAUGUUUCCAAUCAUAGGACUACACAGCAAGACCAGAGGUCAGAAUAA